AUGACGGGAGGUUGGAACCUGCCGAUGGAACGAUACAAUGAGUUGGUUGAAACGGUUACUGGCACCCUCGUGGCGGAUGUACCUCGGAUCAAAGAUCGAGGCAGGAAGAUGCAGAAUGGAGAUCCAGUUAAAGCAGUAGGGGGAAUCUCGUGCAUGGACGGCUCAGGGGCAGAGUACUUAUAUCGACUUGUGAACAGUCCCGUUGAAUACCAGGCUUUAUUUCUCCUAUCCACAGUCGUCGGUUAUGGGAUGUCCAGCUUCCGUCAGAGUCUCGUUCAUAGUGUGGACCUAUGA